UUUCUUGGCGCCUUUGCCGUUCGCGAGACAGAAUCCCAGAUCCAUCUGAGCGUCGGCAUCGCCCAUUCUGGCAGCCACACUGUAGUAACUGAAUCCCAUCUUUUGGUCCUUGGGGACGCCCCAGCCAUGGAAGAAACACUGGCCGACCUCGUAAACGGCCAAGACAAGCUCAGACUGGACUGCGCUCUCGUUGAUGGGUCCACCAGAGCGGGCGGCCUCGAGAUCGUCCACGGCGUUUUCUGCAGCCCGCCGUAACCACUUGAAAGCAGCUUUCUCGUUCUUCUUGCAGCCCCAGCCAUGGCGCUGGGCGAGACCCCACAUCAGCAUCCCCACGCCACAGCCGCCAUCAACCGUUGCUGCGCGCUCAAACGCGAUGGCACUUUCGGGAAGCCGGUCGGCUUCGUGGUGCUGGAUCCCGAGUUGGAGAAAGUCUUGGGCUGUUUGGGAGCCAGCAGGUGAGCGUGAAGACGGCGCCGGAGACGAAGGGACCGAUGAGAAAGCAACGCGCUUAGGCCCACUUUGCAUGGGUGAAGGAGGUGGGAACCGUUUGUCCGCCGUUGGAGAAGGACUCGCGCUGUCCAGUUGGUAAUAAGAGUACUGUGAGUACAGACUCACAGGCGAGCCUGGUCGUAAUGAAGGAGGUCGUCCCGUAAGGUGGCUGGGAUCUGAGUCAGGAGUCACAGGUGAUAAUUGAGUGCUGUUUAUAUGUUGUGACAUCGCAGCAGACUCUCGGCUGUACACUGAUGAAGUAGCGCUCUUGGGGCGGGCGUUGCGAUCAUAGGAGAUGGGCUGCCGCGAAGCGUGGGCAGUGUCAGAGGACACCGCUUUCGCUGCGUUUCGUCGGCUGGCGUUGCGCUCCAACACACGCCGUUUCUGCUCGGUUUCCCAAGCCUCGGGAACUCCCACCUCGGCCGCAGAGUGAGCAGGAAGCGUGAAGUUGGGCGUGCUCGGCUGUGCGAACGCUGCUUUGCCAGCUUCGUACGGAGAAUAACCAGGGACACUCUGUUCGGUUGGAUGCUCUGACACAUAUACAGCUGGUAUCCCUCCCCAUGUCUGUUGUGGCUCAGGUGUAGCACCUCCGGGAACGGUAUGGGCAUCACUGCCAGAUUGCCAAGAGCCCUUCAGGGUCGGAGUACUGGAGAAAGUAUGGGAUGGACUGUGGUUCUCGAACCCUCCAUAGCCAUAGCCCAGUUCCGGGCCGUCUCCGUCUCUCGCAAAGUCCAUGUAUGAAUUCCUGUCAUUGUCGCCGUAGGAGGACUCGGCCCAAGUCGCGCUAGAUUGUCGAUUGAAAGUGCCAUGCAGUAAGGGAGAGACAGGCAGAUGCGCUGCUUGAUAAGGUUCUUGGAGGGUAUCAAUCUGGAGGCGCUCGCGGCUGUUGCCUUGGGUCGGCUGAAGGCGUUGCAGUUGCUGCUUGGGCUGCCGGCUCGAAGUCUUACGAACAAGAGUUGUGAGGGGUGAGUUGUGGUCAAGGGUGUAUUGCUGGUCAACAGCAGACAUAGGAAUAACAGGAGCACUGGCGUGAGCUGGUGAUGGAAAGAAGGAAAGCGAUGAAUCACGAACAUUUCCCUGCCGAGUCCACAGUUGAUGCAAGCCAUAACUUGGACGGAGCCCCUUACUCCAAUUUUGCUCUUUCUUUACUCCUUCUCCUUCAAUGGCGUCCAACUACAAGCGGCAUUCCAUGCCCGUCGUGCCGCGUCCACUCCAACUUGCUAAUGGCGCCACACCUUCGCCCUCGCCUCUUUCCGCAUCUGCUUCGUAUUCCAUCCCACCAAGCCCGCUGGCUGGGAGUCCACGGCCAGGAGUCCAGGGACGGCCGCCCCACAAGCGGCGUCCAUCUUCAAUCAUAUACAACCCGCCCACUCCAACCUCACGGCAUGCGCGGCCACUUGCGCGGAGUAGUUCGGUUGGAGGGGAGCGCGACCGAAGAACACCCACAGUUGAACGGGCGCCCACCACGUUAGCUGAAAAGCACGCCGAUCUUUUGCAUUUCAUCGCCCAGAAGGAGUCCAAAUGCUUAGAAAUGCGUUCGCAGCUAUCCGUGCACGAAGCGGAACUGCUCCAAUUGAAGCGCAAGUGGGAACGGAUCGUUUCGCGAGGGUUCAUCUCCCCUCAUAACCCUAGUACCCCGUCUCUUCCUUCUUCCAAUGCUACGGUCGCUACGGCCCCUUCUUCGAAUCUGGCUCCGACCUUGUCAACCCCAUCGUCGGCAAAUACGUCGUUGACAUCUGGCAGCGAUCUUCCUACCUCGGCUAACGGUGCCGCUGUUUUUGACGGCGUUCGCGCUGGUGUGCAAGGAGUUCGCGCAGGAAUGGAGGGUGUCGGGCGCUUGAUUGCGGCUUCUUUACCGGCAGUUCCCUUCAGCCCACCUGCCCCCUCUUAUUUCGGCCCCAAUGCCGCCAGUCCACUCCGUCCGGAACCACCCGCCCUUCAGCGAAGCACCAGUGGGAAAAUGCACUCGGCGCGUUCAAGCACCAGCACAAACGCGAGCAGUUCUACAACGUCCCGAUUCAACAGUUCGACGAGACUGUCGCAAUCGAGUGCAUCAAGUAUCGAGGAGGAAACGACGCCCUCUCUCGGAGAGACGUCUUCAGAGCAGUGCGACGAAGACGCAUGGGGCUCGUUUGCGGAUGGUGACGGAGAGGCUGGCUGGACAGGUGGAGCUGACCACGACGAUGAUCCUUGGGGAGAUCUGGAUGUUGCAGAGGACGACGGCGGCCAGAUACUUAUGGUCCAGGAUACCGGUGCAACUCCCGUCGUUAGCCCUAACCCGAUGUUCGGCGCCAGAGGAGCCUCAGGUCGACCAGCGAAUGGCGGCUCGCCGGGACGGACGGGGCCAAGCAGCGAUCGAGUAUCAAGACAGAGAGAACACACAUCUGAUUCCAGCGCUGAGGCUGAAGCUGAAUUUUUCGCUGCUGCAGCCCUAGCAGGUUCAACAACAAUCACCUCCGGGCCUUAUCGUACUAGCACAUCCAACCAGAAACCGCAAAAACCGCAAACCCUCGCUUCACUGGUCGAUGGGCUUGCCAGCACCAAUACAGUGGCGCCGAUGAGCGCCUGGGUGGGCAAUGUCGGGAAAAAGUGGGAGGAGCUGACUGGGACCCCAGGUUUCGCAAAGAACAGCAAACGGGCGUCGCUCCUCUUCUCUGACAUCGCAUUAGCUUUGCAAGUUACAUCGCCACCAUCUUCGCCACAAGCGUUUCCGCCACCAUCAAAGUCCCCCUCGCCGGCCCCUUCGGCCCGCUCGCUGCUGGACGCUGACAACGAUUUCGAUGCCCCGGCGCUGACUCCCACACUGAUCCCUUCCGCGACGCUCCAGCCGACACCAAAGACUCCCCUGUCAACCCGAAUCCGAAAGGAGCCUGGAGGAAACACGGGCGCUGCUCAGGCACUAAAGCAGGAGGAGGACGAUGAAUGGGGCUGGUAGAGGACCUAUUUGCUUGAUCUGUCUUGACGGCCAUUUCGCAUCACUUUCGUUUUUGGAACAUAUCCUAGUGCACAGCA